AUGGUUUUAUAUAACUUUAAGAAAAUUGCAGUUGUCCCAACUGCGAAGGACUUUAUCGACAUAAUCUUAUCGAAGACACAACGGAAGACUCCAACUGUCAUCCACAAGCAAUAUAAGAUCACGAGGAUACGUGCCUUUUACACGCGAAAGGUGAAAUUCACUCAACAAAACUUCCAUGAUAAAUUAUCUCAAAUAAUACAGGAGUUUCCCAAGCUGGACGACGUCCAUCCAUUUUAUGCUGAUUUGAUGAAUGUUCUAUACGAUAAGGAUCACUACAAGCUAGCCCUAGGACAGAUAAAUACAGCUAGACAUUUAAUUGACAAUGUAGCAAAGGAUUAUGUUCGUCUUUUAAAGUAUGGAGAUUCGCUGUAUCGAUGCAAACAGUUAAAGAAGGCUGCCCUAGGUCGAAUGGCCACUAUUAUGAAGAGACAAGCAGCUAAUUUAACAUACCUUGAGCAAGUUCGUCAACACUUGGCUCGACUGCCAAGUAUAGAUCCUUACACGCGCACUAUAAUUAUAUGCGGGUUUCCUAAUGUCGGCAAAAGCAGUUUUAUUAACAAAAUCACUCGAGCAGAUGUAGAGGUUCAACCAUAUGCAUUUACAACAAAGUCUUUAUAUGUAGGUCAUACUGAUUAUAAAUACUUAAGGUGGCAAGUGAUAGAUACACCCGGAAUAUUAGAUCAUCCAUUGGAAGAGAGGAACGUUAUAGAAAUGCAGGCGGUGACUGCUCUUGCUCAUUUGCGAGCUGCUGUGCUUUACUUCUGUGACCUGUCGGAACAAUGUGGUCAUACCUUGGAAGAACAAGUAAAACUUUUUGAAUCUAUAAAGCCAUUAUUCACGAAUAAGCCUUUGACAAUAGUUCUAAACAAAGUGGAUAUCGUACGUUUGGAAGAGUUAUCUCCAGAAAAGAGGGCUGUUCUGAAACCACUCGAGGAGGAUACGAACGUGCCUGUACUAGAAAUGAGCACUGUCACCGAUUUUGGCGUAAUGGAAGUAAAAUUGGGGGCUUGCGAGCGACUUCUGGCCUUCAGAGUCGAUCAAAAGAUUAAGACUAAAAAGGUAGAAGGGAUUCUUAAUCGAUUGCAUAUUGCUCAACCAAGAAAGAUAGAUCCCAAUCGCGUUCCGUGCAUACCGGAGAGCGUUUUAAAGAAAAAACAGGCCGCCGCGCAGAAAGCCGAGAGGAAACGCAAAUUGGAGAGAGAGAUAGAGGAGGAGAUGGGAGACGAUUAUGUGCUUGAUCUGAAAAAGAAUUACGAUAUCGAGGGAGAUCAGAAAUAUGACAUUAUACCAGAGAUGUGGGAAGGUCAUAAUAUAGCGGAUUACAUAGACCCGGAUAUAUUCGAAAAACUGAAUCAAUUGGAAAUGGAAGAACAGUUGAGAGAAGAGGCCGGCCUCUAUGAUUACAAGGUGCCAGAGUUAUCGGAAACAAUGCGCGAGAUCGAACAAUUGGCAAAACAGAUCCGCGAGAAGAAAUUUGUCAUGAAGGACGAGGCGCGAAUAGUAAAAGCUUCCACGAAGCCGAUUAUGCCGCGUACGGCCGCAGCUAAGACCCGCGAUCGAUCUGUCACAAAGUUGAAGGAGCAGAUGGAAGAUCUAGGUGUAGAUAUGGAAGAUACUAAAAAUGCGCACUUUAAACGGACGAGAGCACGGUCUAGAUCGCGCUCAGAAUCCGCUAGAAAACGUAUGCGUGUCGAAUCGGCAUCACAGUCGCGUGCCCGCAGUAUCUCACGACCACCACGGGAUGAAAUGGGUGUUAAAGACGUAACGAUGAAAACUAAGCUAAAGAAUAUAGCGCACAAGGCACAGAAGAAGAAGAUAGCCAAGAAGGGUCUUAAGGGCGAGGGUGAUCGUUUUAUCGGUACCAAGAUGCCGAAACAUUUAUUCUCUGGCAAAAGAGGAGUCGGCAAAACGAGCAGGAGAUAAAAACUUUUAUUUAUAUCUUACAUGUCACUCAUACUUUUUCAUUUAUAUUGUAUACUUGAAUACAAAAGAAAAUUCAAAAGAAAAAAACUGUUAUUUAUAAUAAAUAUAAUUUUCAAUUUAGAAUCAUAUUCAAGAUAUUGUCGCGAAACGUUCACCGACGCAGAUACUGUCGCUGACCGAUUUAUAUUUGAUUUACGAUCAACAAUACGAUUAUAGUUUGUGAAUGAAA